GCAACAUCACCUCCUUCACGACCUCGAUUAGCUGCUUCAUGCCUUGCAAUGCUGUUCAUUUUGUCCACGAGGACGCCGUGGAAGGGGGGAAACGACAGGCUUGGACGACAGGAGAGAGAGGACGGCAGGUUCUGGCCAGAACGGAGAGGAAUCAACAGGUUUUGCCAAGUGAACGCACGUAGGCUGGUAAGGAACCCCCGGACCACGCAGCAGACCCCGCAGGCUACCGGAACGAACCCCAAGACGUCCACAACAGGCAGGGGCAGAGGAAACUCUGCCGCCCAAGUAAGUGCCGUACUGUUGUGGAUCUGUGGGGACACCCAACUGCCUUUGGCUGUGGGCUUGCGGGCUCGUGCGUCGUACGCUGGCUGUGUGGUUCUGUGGACAGGGGGGGGGGCCAUUUGGACCCAGAGACCUGCGGAGACCCCCGGAGCGCCCAGGAGUCAGAGCGGGACGGGUACGGCCACGUGGGUCCCGCGAGUGACCGGAGACUGGCGAGGAGUGGGCGUGCCUCAACACUUGGACGUGGAACUACAGCAAAGGCAGGGGAAAUCCUGCAUGUGUGAGGACGCCAUGGAAGGGGGCGGAGCCAAGAUACCCACACACCUGUUGGCCCCUCGCCCAUCACCUUUGUACCAUCUGGUAUUUUAGCAUCAACAACGUGACUGUUUUUAUUGUAUUUUAAUAAAUUGUGAACCGGUUAAUCAUCUUUCCUUAUUUUGGACAGCUGCUCUCACUACAUUGGGUUCUUAAUAUUUAUAUUAACAACUUUUAUUGGUUUUAAGCAACAACUGUAUUAGAUUUUAAUAUUUUUCCCAAUCGGGACCAUUUC